AUGUCUCGACCUCAAUGGCAGCGGUUAUUGCGGUCGCGAUGGGCGGUGCGCUCGCUUCCAACAUCACAGGCUGGGCACAAUCGCUUCGCUGCCCGCGCUGCAUUCUCGUCUUCGGCGCGUCGUGAGCUGAUGGAGAUGACCGGUUUCACAGAGGAACAGUUGACAGUCCGCGAGGCAAUUUCUCAUAUCUGCUCCAAAUUCCCCAACACCUAUUGGCAAGAGCGCGACCAGCAAGAGAAGGACCCGAAGGAAUUCCACGCCGCGUUGGCCAAAGACGGAUGGCUGGGCAUCGCCUUGCCAGAGUCGCACGGCGGAGCGGGACUUGGCAUAUCGGAGGCCACCAUGAUGAUGCAGACCAUCACGCAGUCGGGUGCAGGAAUGGCGGGCGCGCAAGCCAUCCACGCCAACGUCUAUGCGACGCAGCCACUGGCCAAGUUCGGCACUAAAGAGCAGUUGGAGACGACGAUCCCCAACAUCAUCAAUGGCACCUGGAGAACCUGCUUCGGGGUGACCGAGCCGAACACCGGAUUGGAGACUCUCAAGCUCAAGACCCUGGCCAGCAAGACAGCCGACGGAUACUCCGUCAGCGGUCAGAAGAUCUGGAUCACCUGUGCCCAAGUCGCAUCCAAGAUGAUUCUGCUGGCCCGGACGACUCCCCUGGAAGAAGUCAAGAAAUCCAGUGAGGGUCUGUCUCUCUUCUGUAUCGAUCUGAAUCGCGACCAGCCGGGACUGGACAUGCGGAAGAUCAAGAAGAUGGGCGGUCGCGCCGUGGAUGCCAACGAGGUCUUCUUUGACAACUACCAGAUCCCGGCCAACACCCUUAUCGGAGAGGAGAACCAGGGCUUCAAGAUUAUUUUGCACGGCAUGAACGCUGAGCGCUGCCUGCUCGCCGGUGAGGCCCUUGGUCUCGGCUACGCGGCUCUGGAAAAAGCCUCCCAAUAUGCCCAAGAACGCGUGGUCUUUGGCCGGCCCAUCGGUCAAAAUCAAGGAGUGGCUCAUCCUCUCGCCGAUGCCUAUAUGAAACUGGAAGCCGCCAAAUUGGCGACCUACCACGCAGCCCGUCUCUAUGAUACCAAUGAUGGCUCUGUUCCCUUCCACUCGAUCGGGGUAGCCUGCAACAGCGCCAAGUACCUGGCGGCCGAGGCUGCAUUCACAGCCUGUGAGCGGGCGGUGCUCGCACACGGUGGUAUGGGAUAUGCGAUGGAGUAUGAUGUUGAGCGAUAUCUGCGGGAGUGCCUGGUGCCCCGAAUUGCUCCAGUGAGCCGGGAAAUGAUUCUGAAUUAUGUGAGUGAGAAAGUGCUUCAAUUGCCUCGGAGCUAUUAA